UCUCUCUCUCUGAAAUAAAAAAUGGGUGAUCAUUCUUUGUCCACUGCUGCCUUUGACAGAGCAGUACAACAGGCAAUUGUCUCUAUGAAGAAGGGUGCAUAUCUACUGAAAUAUGGACAGAGAGGAAAGCCCAAGUUCUGCCCUUUUCGGCUUUCCACGGAUGAGAAAUUUUUGAUAUGGUACUCCGGAAAGGAAGAAAGGCAAUUGAAAUUGAGCUCAGUCACAAAGAUUAUUCCUGGACAGAGGAGUGUUAGUUUUCGGAGGCAACUUGAACCAGAAAGGGAGUGUCAGUCAUUUUCACUUGUCUAUGCACAAGGUGAACGCUCACUUGAUCUGAUAUGCAAGGACGAAGCCCAAUGUGAAUAUUGGAUUUUAGGGUUGAGAGCUUUAAUAUCCCGGUGUUGCCAUCCUAGACCACUUAGCAGUUUGAGGAGUUUCAGACAGGUACAAAGUUGUUUAAAUAGUCCAGCAGGUCCUCUUAGAAGAAAGCAAAAUCUUGGAGUUAUGGAUGAUGCAACCGAAUUUUCCCAGGUCCGAAGCGUAUGUGCAAGUCCUACUCUAUCACUUUCAGAGAGGUGUUUUUCUGAUGGCUUAUCUUAUUCUUCUGAUAGCUUUUAUUCAUCGGAAAGAGUCCUAUCAAGUAUGCAAAAUGUAACGGAUAUCUCAGUUCCUGAUUCUCCACAUAUUGAAUCAGAUCAUCUCAAGAGGAGGCGAAUUUAUUCUGAUGCUGGCUAUGAGCCUCAUAGGUUUGUUUCCUAUGCUUUUGGAACUUCAAGAAUUGAAAAGGACAAUAUUUUGAAAGAUGUCAUGAUCUGGGGUGAAAGUAUUGGAGGGAAUUUAGAUUCUGCGGUCAAUAGGAUUACUAACAACAGUGGAUUGCAUGUAGAUGCUGUAUUGCCUAAGUUAUUAGAAUCUACUAUGAUGUUGGAUGUACAUAAUAUAUCUUUAGGAGGGAAGCAUGCUGCUAUAGUUACCAAGCAAGGGGAAGUAUUCUGCUGGGGUCAGGCUGAUGGGGGAAGACUAGGGAACAAAAUCAAUAUGGAUGUGAGCUACCCUAAACUAGUUGACUCCCUUAAUGGGAUACAGGUGAAAUCUGUCUCGUGUGGUGAAUAUCAAACAUGUGCUCUGACACAUUCUGGUAAGCUAUAUACAUGGGGAGACACAAGUUGUGGUGACAGUUUAGCGGGCAAGGAGAAGACUAGGAGUCAGUGGUUACCGCAGAAACUUUCUGGUUCUUUAAAUAGCAUAAAUAUAUCAAAUGUUACUUGUGGGGAAUGGCAUACAGCUAUAGUGUCCACCUCAGGGCAGUUAUUUACAUAUGGAGAUGGAACUUUUGGGGUUCUGGGGCAUGGAAAUCUUGAUAGUGUUUCUCAACCAAAGGAAGUUGAAUCUCUCAAGGGUUUAUGGGUAAAAUCUGUUUCAUGUGGAUCAUGGCACACGGCUGCUGUAGUCGAAAUCAUGGUCGAUCGUCUCAGGUUGAAUUCCAUAGGUGGGAAGUUGUUUACAUGGGGUGAUGCAGAUAAAGGAAGGCUUGGACAUGUGGAUAAUGAGAGGAAGCUUUUACCAACAUUUGUUGCUCGGCUUGUGGAUCAUGAUUUUGUUCAAGUUUGUUGUGGAAGAAUGUUGACCGUUGGGCUUACAAAUAAAGGUACAGUUUAUACAAUGGGAAGUGCAGUACAUGGGCAGUUAGGGAAUCCACAGGCCAAGCAUAAAUCAAUCACAGUUGUUGAAGGGAAGCUUAAAGAAGAGUUCAUUAGGGAAAUAGCAUCAGGUUCAUAUCAUGUUGCUGUUUUGACUGCUAGAGGAAGUGUUUAUACCUGGGGAAAGGGGGCAAAUGGACAGUUAGGAUUAGGUGAUGUUGACGAUCGCAACACACCCACUUUUGUGGAGGCGUUGAGACACAGGCAGGUAGAAAGUAUAGUUUGUGGAUCAGAUUCCACGGCGGCAGUCUGCUUACACAAAUCUAUUUCUGUCAAUGACCAGUCAACUUGUUAUGGAUGUAACCUGCCUUUUGGGUUUAUUAGGAAGAAGCAUAACUGUUAUAAUUGUGGUCUUCUAUUCUGCCAUGCAUGUAGCAGUAAGAAGGCUAUGGAUGCUUCUCUGGCACCCAAGAAAGGCAAGGCUUUUCGAGUCUGUGAUCCAUGCUUUAACAAUCUGCAGAAAAUAACACAUUCAUGUAGAUCAUUCAAGCAAGAAAAUCAUAGUACAAAACAGCUAUCGACAGAAGAAAAGGCAGUCCCAGAUAGGAAGGAAGAAAAGGCUGGAGCAACGCCCAAAUAUAGUCACUUGUUGUCUAUUAAACAGGCUUGUAACAAGGAAAACAAGUCUGGAAUGAGGAACGCCAUGAAGAACCAUGGAGGAGACCAGCAGCAUCUAGAACCUGUUUCUUCUUUUUCAAGCGAAGUGCCACGAUGGGGCCAAGUCCCAUGCCCUGAUCUAUUUAAACCAUACUGCAGAGAAAAUUCUACAGCAGUUGACUCUUUGUCCAAAAAUAAUUCAUCUUCUGUGCUCUCAGUGCAUUCAGAUUCUGCUCUUUUCAGCUCCACUAAUGCAGAGAAAUGCAUAUCCAUGUCGGAUGAGAUGCUAAUUGAAGAAAUUCGGCGGCUGAGAACUGAGGCAAUAAGCCUCCAACGGAAAUGUCAAAUUGGAAGCCACAAGAUUCAUGAAUGUCAACAGAAAAUGGAGGAAACAUGGUCCUUUGCAAGGGAGGAAGUGGCUACGUGCAAGGCAGCGCACGAGAUUAUAAAAGCUUUGGCGUUAAGGCUUAAUACUAUGUCAGAGAAGGUGUCUGCUGGAAGGGAAACAAAUGAUGUGGUUGCUAAAUUUGUUCCUCAACUCACGCCAUUGAAUACCGAUACAUCAAGUCAUCAUUUACUUCCUCAAGUAGAUAGCAUACCUGAUACUCCUAUUGGGUUCUCUGAUACACCGAAGUCCUUGUACAAGAGAGAUACUUGUCUAAAGAAAGGCCGGCCAGAGGAGGAUUUACAUCCUGCAAAAACAGAAUCCCAGCAAAGAGAAACUAAAGCAGUGAAGCUUGAAUGGGUAGAACAAUAUGAACCUGGAGUGUAUAUCACGCUUGUUGUUUUGCCAAGUGGACAGAAGGGGCUAAAGCGAGUGAGAUUUAGCCGAAAAAAGUUCGCUGACAAAGAUGCAGAAAGAUGGUGGGAGGCAAAUCAAGGUUUGGUAUACCAGAAGUAUGACAUUGAAGAGGGAUAUGAGAACUCAAAAGAAAUUUAAUUUGAAGGGCUGGUUUUUAGUUGCCCUUUAUAUUUGGACUUGUAUAGCUCAACAGCCAGCUGAUAGGUGAGAUUUUUAAGUAGAUUGUGACAUGCGCAGUGAAGAAAUUUCUUGUAUGGUUAGCAUUGGGUGUAAUUUUAUUUGUUUGAUGAAACAGCAGAAAACUACAAGGAUCCCUGACAUUCCAAUACUCCGAAAUCUCAACUGCCACAGUAGACGGAAAAUUAGAAAACCAAACAUAUGGUUGAGUGUAGUUAUGUCCUAAUAUGGGUUGCAAUUCAUAUGAAGUGUAAAUUUCAUAAA